GCCUGCCGAGCCGGGGCUGAUUUUGUUGUGACAGGGUCCGUGACAGCCGCAGGCCGCGCCGCCUGGCUCGGCUCCCUUCUCGCCCGCACCCGGGCCUCGCUGCUGGCUCCGCUUCCCGCCCAGCCCGCGCCAUGAAGUGGAUGUUUAAAGAGGACCAUGCGCUGGAGCACAGAUGUGUCGAGUCGGCAAAGAUCCGUGCCAAAUAUCCUGACCGUGUCCCGGUCAUAGUGGAGAAAGUAUCAGGAUCUCAGAUUGUUGAUAUUGACAAGAGGAAAUACUUAGUUCCCUCUGACAUCACUGUGGCCCAGUUUAUGUGGAUCAUCAGGAAGAGGAUUCAGCUGCCCUCUGAGAAAGCAAUAUUCCUCUUUGUAGACAAGACUGUUCCACAGUCCAGUUCACCAGCCUUUGUUCAGACACUCUUGGGAAGUUAGAAAAGAUGAUCUGAAGCAGCAUCUUUAUGCAGCUGAUUCACAUCAGUCACUGUUUCAUCUGUCAUUCACAGACGGCUGAAGGAGUUGUGCUGGCCAAGUAAUUGCUUAGGUUUCAUUCUGUUUUCAAAAUACAGUCAUCCCCCGAAAGACUACUUAGAUUGUGAAGGGCCACAAGCCUAUCCUGUUAAAAUAAAUGAGUAAUUAAGUUGCCCAAAUGUACAAAUGGUGUCCCUUGAAAAAGUACUAGUUUCUAACUGGCUUGGAAUUUUGGUAGCAGCACUAUUUUAUAGUCAUCACAUCUUAGCAAUAUAGACAGCAAAGCUUUUACUCCCCCAAACAACCUGGAGCUGAAAGAAACUGUCCAAAAAGCACAUUUCAUGAAUUCGAGACCAUCUGCACAAUCAAGACAUAGCACAUGGAGGGAGAAAUUAGGUUGUUUCCUCAAGAAGCAAGGUUUCAAUGUGGCUGCAUUCAAAAAAGGUGAUGUCAGGCUCUUAAUCUUGCUGUUAGUCAUGGCCUCAAUAAUAUAAACAAACACAUCCAGGGACUAAUUUUCAAUAUAAGGAAGCACUUUGAUAAAUGCGUUUGUGAUGUACAGAAGUAACAGAAAUCUAACAGAAAUGCUCCAGAGAGAGCACUGGACCAUUUUGUGAGCACAGAUGUCAAAUGCUUUUUAUAUGUUCUUAUUUUUGUAUUCUAAUUUACAUACAAACUUAAUGUUAGCUUUUAUGAAGCCUUGUUUAUGUAAAGUUGAAUUACCAUUUGCAAUGGUCAUCUUGCAAGAAAGCUGUUUCUUUUUUCCCCCCCUUCAAGCUUAACUAUGGGACAACUUUAUGAGAAGGAGAAAGAUGAAGAUGGAUUCUUAUAUGUUGCCUACAGUGGAGAGAACACAUUUGGUUUCUGAAUGGUGGAUCUUGGCUACUGUAUCAUCCUGCUGUGUAUCUUGUAAAUAGCUGAUCAUUUUCCGUUCUGACAUCCACAGAAGUUUCUUCUAUAUACAUGCAUUUGUAACUGGAUUUAUUUCCUAAUAUAGAUAGGUCUUGUUUUAUUAGACUGUUAAAUUAUGAAAAAAGUUGUUUUUUUGUGUUUUUUUUUUUUCUCAUGGCUAUGAAUUCCUAGAGCCUCAUUCCUUUGGAAGAUGCAUCUAGACAUUGAUUAAAUAAUAAAGCUAAGUAGUUGGGCUUCUAGUUGGGCUUCUAAAACAUGGAAAGAAGAAUGCACAUUUAUUCUGUUUUGAGAUGUUAAAUUUAUGAAAAAUAAAAGCAUUACAUUAGUAUUGGAAACACUGGAGUUGCUAGAUUAUCCUAAGCAGUAGCAAGAUGCUGAUCAUGUUAAAACUGCAGUAGUAUGUACCUCUUUCUCACUUAACAAUAAAAAUUCCUACCACAAA